AUGUUGGAGUAUGAAACAUAUAGUUCGACACUCAAAACUUAUCCGGAUACUCUUCUUGGUACAAUGUUUCAUGAGAGAAACAAUAAAUUACUUCAACCUACAAAUAAUAAUGAAUAUUUCUUUGAUCGAGAUUCUCAAAUCUUUAGAUAUAUAAUGCAAUAUUAUCAAACCAGUUGGAAUUUUCAUGAGACCAUUAAUAUUACAUUUUAUGCAACUCCUCUUCAUCAUGAAACUUUACCCACGGAUAAAAUGAUGUACGUAUCUCCAUUCAUUGAGAAGAUUCAUGAAAGAUUAAAACAAUAUGAAAGUAGUGGAUAUAAAAUAUUGGAAUUAUUUUCAAUGGAAAUUAAAAAUUAUUUAGAAAAAGUGAUGCCCAAAUAUACUUUAAAUAUUCAAAGUAGUUAUCAUAAACAUUAUUAUCAUCCAAAUUAUACUGGUGGAAGUAGAUGUAGUCAUGCACAAAGUUUAAUAAUUAAUUGUGUGGAUAAUCUUAAAAAUUUAAAAUAUGAUAUUUUAGAGAAAUCUUGUUUAAAUAUUGAUUGA